AGAAGAUUCAGAUUCAUUCGGUCUGGACCUGAACCAAAGAAACCUCGAACGUACGCGAACAAGGUGGACUCCCCCUGUAAUGUACUAGUAUCAAUCCGCUACCCAUUAUACGCCAAGCCCAAGAAAGCUAUACUUCACGACCCUACCACGUACCUAGAUUGAACAAGCUCCGUCCUUUCUUUGUCCCAAAAAGUUGCGCACGGUCUCUUUCAAAAUGAGUAUAAACCUUCAAUAAGCUAAGUGCAUGCUUCGAAACUUGUUUUCAUCCAAAGUGCUGCUUUAGAACCUCGAAGUCGAUUGUCGGUCCCGAUUGCACUUAGUAUCAAGUCUUCCUUACCUGUAGCAAAACAAGUAGCAGUAUUUAAACGACUUCCUCUGCGAUCGCAUUUAUAAAUCAUGAUAAUUGCAGCUUUGCUGCGACACGGAGGCUCACACGAUUCUGCACGUCGACGUCAAGAACAAGAUACCUGCCUUUAAGUACCUCAAGUAGAGUGAGUCUAGUGCAAGCCGGGCCUAGUCGUCCACCACGACGACGUACUAUGAGAUUUUUCAUCCAGAAGUCUCAAGUGCCAGACAGCUAGUGUGGAGGUGCCAGAGCCAAACGCGCCGCCAAAGCCAAGCACAAUAAAGUGGAGUUGAUGUCGGUGGAGGUGGGUUGACGAUAAUGAUUCUCGCACAAACCAGCACUGGUUGCUGAUGCGUUAGAAAUACCGUCUAAAAAAGCCCUGGAGCCGCGGUGCCGUCCUACGCCUACGAGGGACCAGCUUUUAAGCCAGGAUCAACGUAGGAGAAAAUCAAAAUGGAGGUUCUGCUCCACCACGUGUCUUACGCGGAUGUUUACUUCCACCUCGAAAACGGGGAGACCAAGCAGACGCUGCGGCUGCGCGCCCACCGAGAGCGGCUGGAGCGGGUUUGCAAAAAGGUGUGUGCCUUUCUGGACCAGGAUUUGGUCAACGAGAACGAGGGGGACGACAUCCGGGCGAAGAACUGCACGACCAAACUAUGGCGCGGGGACACGGGGGAGCAGGACAAGCAGCGGUCGCCAAAAUCCAUGGCCAGUCCACGCCCGGGGUUCGCGCAACAUCGUGACUCGAAGAACAACGCGAGCAAAGACUCCAAUCGAGUUUCCCCGACCAGCGAGCAAGGAGGAACAUUAGCGGUCGUCGGCCUCGGCGGGGGUGGCGUAGACAAUAACAACAGGCAGUUUUCGGCCGACAGCAGCGCAGACAGUAGCGCAGACGAACAGGAAGUUUUCCAGGAUGUAGCACCUGAAGAUGCUGCGGACCACGUCGAACAACAGAAUGAUCCCACGAGGCCGCCGUCCAGCUACCCCUCGGAACGGGAGAGCAGCACCCGGGAAUUGGGCGCUUCUUUGGUGAGACCCUCGCUAGAGGAUGUUGCGGGAUGGAGCAGGAGCACUGGGAACAAGAUGAACAAUUCCAACCCGCCGGACGGGAGUGGCUCUACUUUGGGGUCCUUUCAGCUGGCCAGCCUACCGACCAGCCCGCUAGACGAGCAGGUACACUCCGGUGCGCCGGCGUCCUUCGUGCAGCGCUCUAGCAGUACCAGCACGCAAGUGCAGGUUGGGCAGGCGAAUCCCGACAAUACCAGCGAUAUCUGCAUCGGGUUCGACCUGCAAGGUAUGGACCAACCAUUUUACAAUCAUGCCUCGACGCAGGACAGUAUGACCAUAAAUUUAGAUGGUGGAAAUACUACGAAUUCUAAUGGCGCAGUUCUUACGUCGGCGUUGAGCGGUGCGGGUGUCACUUCUUCUCUCCCGCAACUGAGUAAAAACUCCGCAUCAUCUCCAACGCCCGCACCUGCUUGCGCUGCAACCAACAUGCCAAUGGCCGCCACAGCUUCUUCAACCACCACAAAAACUACCAUUUCGCUGCAGCUUCUCGCUGAGGCCUUUUUUGACGGUGACGCGGAGCACGCGAAAAAGUUCAAGCUGAAUGCCAUUGUGUUCCCCGUUUUCGCCUUGGCCGUCGAAUCCUGGCUGGAGUCCAUCCUGGUUCGGCGGGGCGGGUGCGACUUUCUGAAGAUCUACUUCCUUUCCGGCUCGCACCAACGAACAAAAAGGAGCGAAACCUUCACCACCGAGUCCGCGGCCCGGUGCCUGGUGCGGUUUGCGGAGCGCGUGCUGAAGACCCGGUUUUUCGCUGCGGCAACUCAUUCGAACGCCAGCAGUGUCAGGAACUCCGCCCAUUCAACAACGACAGAAAAUACCAAGGUAGUGCCUCCGAAGUGGCUCCGGGAUUCCACCAGCAGUCGUUUGGACGCGUUAAACAUCUGUCUGCGCUGUAUCAGAAUGAAAAAUCCCCCCUCCCCAUAUCAAAACGAAGUUUCUGAUGCUGGAUUUUCGUACACAAAUCAGAUUCGUCUUGCUGGCGAGGACUGCAGGCCCAUACUAAGCCUGAGCAGACAGAUUUUAGCCAAGGCGCUUUGCAUGACAGACGUCUACGCUGUAGGUGCAACAGCAUGACAAACUGCCUGUAGAGUGCGGCGGAGCUUGUGGAGUUGCUUUCAUGCAACACAGAGAUGAUUUGUGGUCACAAAUCAGCAGCGCAAAUUUUCGAAGGCGUGCCUUGUCGAUAUGGGGAGGGGGGAUUUUUCCUUUUCAUACGCUGCAUUCACAGCGGCCCCGGGGUGUUUCUGUACGACGAGAAUGUGCGGUUUAUGAACAACGAGUGUCUACCCUAUUUGGAUUCGGAUCGCCAGCAGUGCGUUCAGUACUUUCAGAAGCACUUCCCGCACAGGGACUGGGCACAGGUAUAAAGGCCACGAAUUUGAUGGUCUUAUCGAGUGUAUUAACGUUGUAGCCAUGUUUUUCGGAAGAUUCACACCUUUUAUUGAUUUAUAUAAUGACGAGACGAGCUCAUUAACGAUGUAUGACCACCUGUGCUGGUCCUCGACUGGUGCCAAAGCCAAAAGUGACUCAAUUACAACUCAGGAAUUCGCUGUCUCCUUCAUUCUCGCCGAGGGUGCGCCCGCCCGCGUUUCGGCGAUCACGCAGUCCCUGCACCAGUUUCGGCCCAAUUACGUGCAUAUCCUGCGCCCCAAAUCCUACCGCGACGAGCCCUUCCUCCGCGCCGACGGGGUCCAAGCAUUACCCUUUGACAAAGCCUCGGUCGCCCCUGCCAUCCCCAUCAAUGGCCACUUUGUCAGUAGUUUGAAUUUGUUUUUCCAGCAAGGAGCUGGAACAUCAGGCAACAUGGUGAUGAGCCCAGGAGGCGGAAUGCACAACCGGAGCCUGCUGCAGCAGCGGGAGCGCACCUACACGGGCGUGGCCGAGCUGGACAACCGCAUCAGGCUCGUUUUGAAGGAGAUGCUGGCCCACAAGAAGGCGGUGGAGCAGCUAGGAUCCUCCAGGGACGCGGAGCUAGCCGGGUUUUGGCUUCGGAAGACGCGGAAGCCGGUUUUGUGCGUGUUGAUGGUGGAGAAGGAGGAGGAGGUGCAAGUGGUCAACAGUUCCCAGCAGAAACUCGCGAAGGUCCGCAAGUUUUACCGCGGCCUGAACCUCGAGGUCAGCAUGCCGACCGGGUCGCUGUGUGCGGAGCGGAAUUGCAUCGGCCAGGCCGUCGCCGCGGAUCCGACCUUGCGGCGGGAGCACAUAAAACUCGUCGCGGUCCUCUCGCUGCCGCAAAUUGGCAGUGGGGCGUCCUCGAGCAGUGCGGCGAAUGUGAACAAGAUGAGCAAUCCUCAUUUUGCAGGAGCUGCGACUACAUCGAUACUGAGUGACGCGCUUUUGUCGCCCACUUUUCAACCGAUGAACAGCGGUGGAGUAAGUGGGGCGAUGAAUGGAUAUGGUAUUCCUGGAAUGCAAGCCUUGUCCUCGGACACCACUGGGAACGCCGCGGCCAGUCGUGUGGUGGGUAGCUACAACAACCACGACAGUGAACUAGCAAAAUUAGCGCCGGAAACGCCACCGCACCCACCUGCUCGCACACAGCACUCGUCACGAACGGCGACGCUGCUGAGUUCGGAAAACGAGACUGAUGUGCAGUUGCGAGGACUGGACACAACUUCUGCAGAAGAGGAGCAGGACGAGCAGGGGGAAGCAAAAGUAAAAAUAGCACCACUUGCUGCACCAACAAACGACACGGCGACUGCAACGGCUGGCACAAGAACAAUAGAAAACACCCAACUGCUCGAGCAGGCGAAGGGUCUUAUCGAGAAGCAGAACGAAACAUCGUCGAGGCUAGUAACCAUGAAGCCACCUCCCGGUGGAGAUCAUGGAGGGCCACCGUCUUAUGCUGCUCCGGUGAAACUUGCUGAAACUUCUACCCCAGCUGGUGGUGCACAUCUUCAGGAGCAAACAGCAACAACACUCCAAAUGUCCACGUCCAUAUUGUCGACUUCCUCAACGACCUCAAACAAUAAAAGCCCUCAACUACGAGGACUAGAUCAGAACGAUUCCUCGCAGACGCAGUCGCCACGACAGAUGGAACAAGCACAACAGCACCAUGUAGUACAACUUCCGCAGCAACACCUCGUCCCCUCGCACCUUGUGCUCCAUCCCGAACUAGAAGAUCUUGGUCGGGUAGGAGAUGUUGGAGUAGGCACUUUUGGUGGCUCAAGUGGCCAAAACAACAGGGCCGCGGAGGAUCUCGGCUCGGUGCCGGUCGAAGACCUCGACUCGCCGAUGUCAAACAGCUACUCCACCUCGGUGAACCUGAAUGGAGGCGGUUUUAGUAUUCAUCCAGAAGAUAACCACUACAACACGACGCCGCAUCAACUACCACUACAGGAACAGGGGGUUUUGUCGCCGGUAUCUGCCGCAGCCACAGGAGCUUCGGCAAAUUUCAUGAUGAUGAAUACCACGGUACUAAAUAAAAUUGGUGCCACGAGUACAACGCCAUUGAGUGGCGGGCCACCGACGUCAUCAAUAAAUCAACCGACAAGCACAACAAGUCGGUACCGUAUGAGCAGCGCUAACAUGAUGUCGCCAUCGCAGCUGCAGUCCAGUACCUUUCUUCUCGACGACGUUGACGAGACGAAGCAAACCAGUGCUGGUGCAACCACGAGCACCUUCACGCCAGGUCCGCGCUCCUCGGCGGGGCAGGCCAGCCUGCAGGACUCCGCAGUAGAACAAAUGGCGCCGUCUGCUGGUGGCGUCACCUCCUCGUCAUCCAAGCUCGUGCCCGCUCGCAGCUCCUUUGCCUCCACCUCCACAACGAGUCGCGGUGGGUAUAAUUCCGCCGCGUCUCCAUCGCUCUGGGGAAGUGGGGCAAACCAACCCUGCAACCACCGCAAAAUGUCCGGCGACCUCAACCCCAUAAACCCGUGUGGUGCCUGCAUGGAGUGGCUCCGGAAAAUCUCGGAGAAAGAGCCCAGUUUUCGCGUGAUUACCUUUGACAGCUACGAAUGCGAAGCCAUCUACGUGAAACGGAUCGAUCAGCUUUCGUAGAAGACAAGAGCUCGAAGACGAGCAGGAAUGGCGCCCUGCCUCGUUCUACUGCUCUUGUCGACGAGGUACUACGGUCCUAGAAAGCGUAAGAGAUCAAAAAAACGCCAAGACCGGAAACGACAACAAGCAGCCUCUAGAUAUCACUCAGCUCACUGUUCAUAGUAAAAUUUAACACUUGUUUCUGAUUUUUUGAUUUUUUGAGUUGGAAAAUGAAUUGAUAUACUAUUUCAAUGUACAACGACGGCGCAGCCGCAUCUUCACAUGGCGAUGUCAUAAAUCAGUUUUUUAAGCAUCAGGUCACGACACAAGAACGAGGAAUCCUGCCGUGGUUGGAAAAAAAAGGUACCAGAAGACCAUACAGUUGACUCCUUGUUCUCAGAAGUGUGAUCCGUUUUAU